UGUGGAAACUACAGAGGAAUAAAGAUGAUGAGCCACACAAUGAAGUUAUGGGAAAAAGUAAUGGAGGCUAGACUCAACGGAAGGGUUAAAAAUAUUUAAAAUUCCUCACACUCUUCGAAGGACCUGAACUCACCAGCCCACUUCCUAUGCCCAUAUUUGGUCGCUCAUCUGGGGAAAACGUGAGCUUGGCAAAGCGUCGCCAACGUCUCAAAAUGAGCUUUUCUCUGUCGCCGGUCACAAGAAAAACCUCCAAACCCUCGCCGGCAACUUGCUCACACGCCCGAGCCGAGUCGCGGUGCCGCGGAGAGCAAGUCUGAGCUGCGGCGACGAAACAUUUGGAGAGUCGACAACUGCCCGGAGGAGAUAAGACAGCGUAGCGCCAUGACGACGCUGCUGGACCUGAAGAGUAGCGUCUUGCGGCAGGUGCAAAGGAGCCAGUCGCUGAGGACUCGCAGGGAGUCGCCGCCCGCUGCCGGCAGCCCCCUUGGCCACUGCCCAGAGCCCUUAGCCCGAAGGAUUUCUGAGGAGAGCAUGGAGUUCUUUGAGCGUAUGAACACCAUUCUGCAGAAACAGGAGAGCAUGCUGCAGGCCGGCCAGGCUGAGUGCCAAAGAGGAGCCUGCACCGUGCCGCCGCCCCAAGAACACGUGGACCAGGCCUUUAUCCACGAUAGAAUCAGCAGGACCGAGCUGGACUUGAUCUACGAGGAGGUCGUGUACACCGUGGUCAACCGAGUGGGGGUGCCCUCAUCAGAACACGUGACGAGUGACGAAGAGUUGUUUGCUUACCUUCGGAAGGUGUUUGAUAUGGGUGAGGAGGAGCACGACAUCAUACUUCAAAAAGUGCAAGAAUCCAAAAGAGCCACUUUUUCCUUGAGAGCGUCUGUCUUGAAAGCCAAGAAUCUGCUGGCGAAGGAUGCCAAUGGCUACAGCGACCCUUACUGCAUGCUGGGAAUCCUGGAGGGCCAGAGCCCGAGGGAGUCCGAGGAGAAGAAGGAGAGGAAGUUCAGCUUCAGGAAAAGGAAGGACAAGCUGGAGAAACGCUCCAGCACCAAGGAGGCACUUCCGGCCAGGUGCAUCCAGGUGACCGAGGUCAAGCCCGAGACCCUCAACCCGGUCUGGGACGAGCACUUUGUCUUUGAAGUGGAUGACGUCCACAGUGACUUGCUACAUUUGGACAUUUGGGAUCACGAUGACGACGUCUCGGUGGCCGAGGCCUGCAAAAAGCUCAAUGAAGUCAGCGGACUUAGAGGAAUGGGAAGAUAUUUUAAGCAGAUUGCAAAAUCAGUGCGUGCCAACGGAUCGUCGUCGUCCGGCUCAGAGGAGAAUGCCGACGACUUCCUGGGAUGCAUCAACAUCUCUUUAAAUGAGAUUCCCGUCGGCGGCUUCGACACUUGGUUCAAACUGGAGCCUCGCUCGAGCGCCUCCAAAGUGCAGGGCGAAUGUCACCUGAUACUGAAGCUGUUCACAAGCCAGAGAGACACGACGCUGUCGAAAAAAGAAUCCAACUUGUCCAUCCACAAGAAACUGUUGUGUAAGAUUGUUGAGCAUGAGCACGCUCAUGUCAAGCGUGAGCCGUACAACUGGAACGGGCAGGUCAGCCCCCCGGCGUGGACGGUGCUGACUCACCAUGCUGUGCAGACGGAUCUCACCCGUCUCCAGCAGGCCAUAAUUCGCUGGCAGUGCUACAGCGGGCAUCAUCGAACCCAGCGGGUGUGCUACUCCCUGCUGCUGCGCCUCCUGAGGGCCAUCGAUGCAGAGUGGGACCCUCCCUCUGUGAGGGGAGACCUGGAGAGGCAGCUGUCAGACAGCUUCAGGCUGUACACAGAGCACUGCCUGUGCCUGAUGAAGAACAUGCGGCAGGUUUUCCCCUGCACCAGCGCUGCCGCCGUCACGCGCUACGAGCUCAUGCUGAGAGGGAUCGGCUACAUGCAGAACAUGCGGGCGUUCAAGAGCGUUUGCCCCUUGCGUAACGAGCUGCACUUGGACAUCACAUCCGCCGUGAAGAAAGGAACCUCUGAGUGGUACGAGAGCUUAAUCGCGCAGUACAAGCCAGAAGACGGGUCUCUGGAGGAGCAGCUGAAAAAGAUGGUCGUGGUGGUGGACGCCGUCUGCGCAGACAUGCAGAGAGCUCAGAAUAUCUACAACAAACUCUUCUACAGCGCGGUCAAAGUGGAUUUCUUCAGCGUGACCUACAGGCAGCUGGAAAAGCUGGUGGCCGAUGAUGUCAACGUGGCCAUGGAGAGGCUUUGCGGCACUCUGGAGCAGGAAAGUUCCAGACUGACGCAGACGAUGGGCGAGACCGUCUUUGAGCUUUUCGUGUCCCUGAAGAGCCUCAAAGGCUUCCGGGAGUUUCUUCCCCUCAAAGACGCAAAGAUGUUGGCCUUGACGGUGUUCCACAACUGGUUCAAGUCGUCCAUUCACAAGUUCCUGCAGAUUGUUCACGACAGGUCAUGUGACAGGAUCUGCAAAGCGGUGGACACGGACAAGAUGGAAGCGUUGCAGCAGGCCAAGCACAGCUCCUCGGCGCUGGAAGUGACGUCCUGCUUCCGACAAGUCCGAGACAUCUGGCUCCAGCUGGCCUGGCCGGACUCCGCGGGCGCUUUCAUCUUCGUCACCCGCUUGACAGACAACUUUUGCAGCGAGGCUGUGUACUACUCGGAGAUGCUGACGCGCAAGAUUGAGAGGAGCCAGCUGAGCCGGGACCACAAGAGCUUCAUAGUGCAGCUGUGCGUGGCCCUCAACGACGUGGAGCACGUACGCGUCUUCCUGGGUCACCUGCCCCGCGACCUGGACUGGCUCGGGGUGGAGCGCGCCAUGGAGGAGUCGUGCGGCGCCGAGGGCAAGGAGCAGGUGUUCAAGGCGCUCAACGGGCAGCUUUUCAACAUGGACCUGGACCUGCAGAGGGAAGCCAAGCACCUCCUCGCGAUGCUCACGGACAAGAUGGUCCCCGAAUUGCGGCGCUGCAUCCAGCACAUCAGCUUGUCUCCCGACUCCAUCCACAACGACGACGCCGUGGCCCCCCUCAUGAAGUACCUGCAGGACACGGCGGUCAUCCUCGCGGACACGUUGCUGAAGGACAACCUCACCCGGGUUCUGCAGAGCCUGUGGGAGCUGCUCCUGCGCAUGAUCCUGGACUCGGUCACAGAGAACCGCGGCGUUCAGGUGGAGUUCUACAACCGCUUCCAGUACACGGUGGAGACCUUAUUGCAAUUCCUUCAAGAAAACGGUCUGUCCCCUGAAGAUAUGAAGACCGGAGACUACAAGGCCCUGGACGAGGAGUUGAAGCUGAACAAAUGUUCCUCCUUCGAAUUGAUCGAACAGUACUACCUGGAAAAGAUCUCCCUGCAGAAAACCCUCAAACAUACCCGCUUCGGUCGGAUCAGCGUCAAGUGCUACUACGACGCUCCGGAGCAGAGGCUGACCGUAGAGAUCCUGCACGCCGCCGACAUCAUGGCGCUGGACGCGAACGGCCUGAGCGACCCGUUCGUCAUCGUGGAGCUGUGUCCGCACCACCUCUUCCCGUUGGCCAAGAGCCAGCGCACGCAGGUGAAGCUGAAGACGCUGCACCCCGUGUUCGAUGAGCUCUUCUACUUCCACGUGAGUCCCGAGCAGUACAGGCACAGAUUCGCCUGCCUGACCUUCACCGUGAUGGACUACGACUGGCUGUCCACCAACGACUUCGCCGGCGAGGCCGUGGCCCCGCUCAGCGACUUCUGCUGGCCGGGGAGGCCCAACGCCACGCCGGCCGGCAAGAGCGUGCAGCCCUUCAUCCUCCAUCUGUCGCGCAGCAAACCCAGCGAGAAGCCGAUCAUGCGGAUGCUGGACGCUCGGGCGGGCGACAGGGAGGCUCAGGAGUUUGUCCGCAGGCUGAAGGAGAUUGAGAAGUCCAUGGAGGAGGAGUAAAAAAACAAACAAACAAAAAAAAGCCCUGGGCCAACGCAUAUCGAUGUUCUCUGACCACACGUCGCCACCUGUACUCUUGUACUGGUACUAUGUUUACAAUUUUGAUGUUUACAGUACAGUAGUUUUUUUUGUUUUGUUUUGUUUUUUUAUUUAAUUUUCGUUGUUUAGUAUCUAUACCAAAAUGAGGAUUCAUCUUCAUCCCGCACACGAUUUCGCUAUGUUGUCUUUGUCGUAUAUUUGAUAGAAGUCCAAAGUAUUUGGUGGAAGUAGCACUCAGUUAAAGUCUGAAUCUUUACCUCACGUGUGUGUGCGCAUGUGUGUGUGCGUGUCUGUGUGUGUGUGUGUGCGUUUGCGAUGGUGUUCGUGUCCGUGGGUACGUGGGAGGAAGCGUCGCACGCCACAGCUCAGGGUCCAAAAGUUUUGUGGGAGAAUCUCUGAAAAUCUUUCAUCUGAGUGAAAUUUGUCAUGGGAUUCAUAUCAAAGUAUUCGUAAGUACGCUAAAUUUAAAUGUCAACAAAUUAGCGAGGAGCCUGUUAUGAGACUUUAGUAAGAUUUUGUCCAAAAAGUAAUUUGCUGUGCAAAAUGUUUUUUUUUUUUUUUUUUUUUUUAAAUUGAUGAAUGUCCUGGAUUGUGGAAUAUUAACGAAUGAAUAACACUUGUUCAUAUUUCAUAAUCCAAAGCACUUUGAAGUGUUUUUGUAGCAAAAUGUUUUUAAGGAUCGUGCAUCAUUGUGCUGUAUGUAUUUUUCGUGCAAUUUCUUACUACGCGGUCAUCAUGUGUGCAUGCUAUCUUAAUUUUUUUUUUUUAUAUAUGCGGUAUUUAUUUAUUUACAUUUUUUUUAAUUCAAUAGAUGUCAACAGCCUGUCGAAUUUAGUAGGAUUUUGUGCAAAUAAUAAUACUCUAAAAUGACUUCAAACGCUUCAUUUUGUUUAAAAUUCCAACUCGAUCAAUGGGAAUUAAAACAUUAUUAUUGCUCAUUUAUUACCACUACAGAAUCCAAACCACUUUUUGGGUCGCAAAAUGUUUUUGGAAGGUUUGCGGAACCGGCGUCUUUGCCAUUUUUGUGUCAUUUCCUUGUGAAACAUGACACGUUGCUCAAUUUUCCAUUCAGUAAAUUUUUAAAGUUACUUUUAAUCGUUUUAAGACUGUUAUACUUUUUCGAUUACCAACAAAUUACUAUUUAACUCUUUCAAAACAAACAAACAAACAAACAAAAAAUGUCCAAAAAUCAGCUCGCAUGCUGGAUGAAACUGGUUAUGAUGGUGACUUUUUUUUUUUUUUUGGAGGGGGGGGUAUAUAUUGAAUGUUCUGAAUUUAUGACUCGAAAAUAAGAUGAUAAAAGAAAACGUCUGUUGCCAAAUGAGUGUAUUAUAGUAAUUAAGUAUAUCUUUAGUGCCAUCUUCGUAGAAAUGACUUGCCAUAUUUGUGAGUGUUUUGAAAAUGGUCCAGUUUUGAUCUUUUAAGGUAGUUAGAUUUGUGCAAUUUCCUACUAAUUCGCUCUGAUGUGUUGAAAAGAUCCCGUCAAGGUCUCGAACUACGUUUAGUGUUUAUCAAUCCAACCUUUUUUAGUUUAUUUUGCGCAUUUUAUUGGACACAGAAGGUCAGGCGUUAAUGUUUUGUAUUCAUCUUGUGAUUUUUCAAACAUGCAAGUUUGGACUUGGGUCAUUUAAACAUGUCAGACAGACGCCUUAAAAAAAAAAAAAGUUGAGCCGAAAUGGAUUUUUAAUCUGCGUUGUGUUCAAAUAAUGAUUCAGUGCUUAGUGACGACCUAACUACCGUGAUUUCCGGCCAACAAGCCGUGACUUUUUUUCACACGCUUUCAACCGUGCGGUUUAUGCGGUGAUGCGGCGCUAGCGUUAGCGCGGCGCUAGCGUUAAACUCUUUCUAUAUACCCGGGCUUAUAGCAAGGUGCGCUAAUGCUAGCCCCACGCUAACGUUAAACUCUAUCUGUGUACCGAGGAUUAUAACCAAGUGCGCUCUGUAGGCCGGGAAUUACGGUAACUGAAAGGAAUCAAAUGUUCCCCUGAAUUAAAUCAUUUAGCCUGGAAGCACCCAGCUCGAUUAAGUGCAGCUCAUAAGUUGGUGAAGCGAUUGGAUGAUAGGACGCUGAAUGACGUGACGUCGCCAUGCUAACGCGGCUUCGCUUGCCUCUUUUCUGUUGACGCCGGUGCCAUCCGCCAAUAAAAAUUCCAAUAAAAGUAGAACGCAGUUAUCACAAACAUGUUUUCGUCAGCAUUUAGUAGGAUUUUCUCCCGAAAGUUAGUGGAAAAUCAUCUUUUUUUUUUCUAAUAAAACUUCGGGAAUGAUAGUCAAAAGCGGUCAAAAUAUAGCUUGCAUGAUUUGCAUUACAUUUUUUUUAAUAUUAAAUUUGCCAAAUUUGGACACGGGAGCUUUCCCUCCA